UGUUUCUUCGUAUAUAUAGGUAUCGUCUGCUAGCUCUGUCGUCUGUUCGUGGCGGUUCUCAUCAACGUUAACAUUCGAAUCUUUGAAAAUUCGUCGGAACGGGUGAAAAUGGCAUUCUCCAAAGUUACUCACAUUUUGUUCGACAUGGAUGGACUCUUGCUUGACACUGAGAAACUCUACAAACGUGCUCUCACUGAAGCCUUGGCCCAUUACGGCCACAUAUACACCCCCGAAUUACAAUUGAUGGUGACAGGCACAACUGAAAAGGAUACAGUGCAAAUACUUGUCAAUGAAUGUAAUCUCCCAAGUGAGGAGGAAUUCAGUAAACUAUUCAAAUCAAAAAGUUUAGCACUUCUAGUGGAUGCACAGUUGUGUCAAGGAACUGAACGUCUUGUACGUCAUCUGAGUAAGCACAAUGUGCCAAUGGCUGUUGCUACCAGCAGCAGUAAGGAGAGUAUUGAAGUUAAAACCAAGAACUACAAAGAAUUGUUCUCACUCUUUAGCCACAUAGUAAGUGGAACUUCUGAUCCAGAUGUCAAGAAUGGUAAACCUGCCCCAGAUAUUUUCCUUGUGAGUGCAUCGAGAUUCCCUGACAAACCUGAACCAGGAAAGUGCCUUGUGUUUGAGGAUGCCUUUAAUGGAGUUGUUGGAGCUCGGUGUGCAGGAAUGCAAGCGGUAAUGAUACCAGAUAAAUGUGUACCUGAAGAGAAGAAAAAGGCAGCAACUCUCGUGCUCAAUUCACUUCUUGAGUUCAAACCUGAGCUCUUUGGACUACCUGCAUUUGAUGAUUAGAAAGAACUGUCUAUUGUCAAGUAUAGAAUAUGUCAGUGAUAAUGGUCAUUUUACUGUUGAGGCAAGGUUGUGCCAAGCAUCCUGCAUGGCACAAAGUACUUUUACAAGAAAGCACAAGUAUAAACCAAAGAUUUAGGGAACUUCAUAAUUUUAGGUAGGUAUAGUGGUGCUUGAUUUCCCUAAAACCCUCCACUUUUAGUUAGUUGUUCAUAACUUCUGUAGGAAGCUUGUUUUUGUGGAGGUUCAUUGCAGGCAGCCUCGCAAACAAUUUUCAAAAUAUAUUGAUGUUUUACAUUGUUGGCACAAGCAAAUAAAAUUGUUUGUCUCCACUUCUCUUUACAUUUUAGAAACUGUUUUACUUUAAUGAUUUUAAUACAGUCGGAAACUAGUCAUGCAGGUAGAGAAAAAAUGUAGGAUCUUUGGAAUGCUGUGUGGAUCCCAAGUGUAACAAAAUUCGUCCAACCCAUUGUUGACUUUAACAUCAAUUUUUCUAUAAAUUGAACGAUUGUAAAAGACAAAGACAAAAGGUUUUAUGUUGAAUAUUUGAAAAAACUAUUGUGGAAAAUUAAGGGUGCUCCACAGUUAUAUGCAUAUAUUAUUUUUGUACUGUAAUAAAAGUUAUAAGUUGUUAUUGGUGCCAGUUAAUAAGUUUAAUAUUGUUCAAUCUGUUCUCAUAUUUAUUAUUAUUCUUGUUAAGUUUGAGCUGCACUUGAGCUGAUGUCAUACAGUGACGAAGGAAACAGGAAACUGACUACCAACAGGUGCACCUUCUAUCAGACUCGUCACUUAAAUUAUAACCCUUCACCCAUCAUUUCAGGUUUUGUAUCCACUGACACAGCCCUAAUUGCUAAUUCCAAUUCUGGUUGUUCACUAUUGCAGUAGAAGUAUUUAUACCAAUUUGUAAGAUAUUUUGUUGCCCCCAUCAGGAUGUGUGUAUUGAAAAUGAUAAGGUCCUGAUGUUCCUCCAUACUGGCACCAAAAUUUGUUCUUAAUUAGUAAGAAUAUAUUUUCCUUUAAAAUACAACCUAAAUUUCAUUUGAAAACCUGGGCUGGAGUGGUAAAUGCUGAAAUGCAAAACCUGAAAUGAGAGGUAAUGGAUGACAGGUCUGAUUGGAGAAGCACCUUAACUGAAGUCAUGCUUAAAUUUUCACGUCCUACCGAAUCACACCAUAUCAAAUAUCUGUUUGUUGCAACGAUGUGUACCAUAUAAUAUUUUAGUCAUUCGUGACCAUUGCUUUUCUGGAAAUACAUUCCAACCCAAUUUGGCCUCAAUGAAAGUGGCAGAAAUACCUAUUGUUCCACAAAGACUACAUAAGAUUAUAUUUUUCACCAAAUCAUUCUGUGCCUGUUGCCUGUCACUCUACAUGAAUGAAUGUUAAUAUAGAGUAUUCUUCAAAGAAGAAGCCACUUGGUUUGCUCUUUCUAGUUUUAAGAACAUUCCUAUUAACCUUAUUCCCUAGGAUUGACCAUUGGCUAGUCUUCCUCUGAAGAGCACUGUCUAAUUUGUACGUCUCACGGGUAAUACAAUUAGAUGUUUUAUUAUUUUUAUUUUUUUUUGUAUUUGAAAAAAGUAAUAAAAUUCUUCAAACAAAUA